AUGGACAACACCUUGAGCACCACCGCGAACCGCGUCGUCUUGGUGGCGCUGAGGAAUUCGCUAAACAGACACAACAUAAACUUCGUAGACGAUGAAAAUACGUAUAACACGGAAAUAUUAAAGAGUCACUUGAAAGAUUUGAAACUACUGAAGGAAGACAUAAUAAGAAAAAGGAACCAAUCCAAGCAGGCCAUCCGAAACCACCUUGAAUCCUUCUUUAUCAGUGAAGGGGACAGGAGCUGCAAUUUUGACGUCUUGUACGAUAAGUGUUUGAAUAUCAUUACGAGGUAUUUGGUCGCAUACAAAGAAAUAAACGAUAUUUUGUUGGGACGAAAAGUGAGUGACGGCGAUGAGGUGGGGAACCAUGGAAGGGUUAACACAUCGCCAGGGAAAAGAAGUAAAGGACGAAAAAGCAACGUGAAGAGUGAGGAGGAGCAAAACGGAGAGGACAAAGACAGCUUGUUGUACGAUCUGAUAAAUAAAAAGUUGCUCAUUUAUAAUAACAAAUUUUUGUUUGACUAUGAUGACGAUAGUGAGAUAUAUACGUCGAGUGAGGAGGAAAUCCUUAUCGAGGGGAGACCCCUAAGGAAGAAAAAAAGAAGUGACAGGGUUUCGAAGAGCUCCAGCAGCGUGGACAACACGAAUGAAACGGACUCUUUGGCAAGCGCCGAAAUGAGGGACAGCCAGGAAGCAACCCGCAUGUGGGCCAAAAGGGAAAAAAAAGACAAAGUCUUGAGAAAAUGCGAAAAAAGAAGAAUCAACUUACUUAACAGGUACCCCAUGUAUCUGAGGGACCUGAUCAAAAUUGUAAAGGUGGCCAAAAAUAGGGAAAAAAAAAAUUUGCAAAUCAGUUUUUUAAGCAAGUAUGGAGACGAUGUAGAUAGAAACAAAAUGAACGCCCUCUUUAAUAAGCUUUACCUGUGGAGGUGCUACAUGAACAACAAAGGUUACAUGGAGAAGAAGAGGAGACGCAUGCUGUACAGAAUUGUGAGACAUAACAUGUUGAAGCAUUUUUACAAAAACCAUGACAUUUUUUUGGAAAAAUUAGUUAAGAAGAAAAAUGCUUAUAACAAUUUGAGCGUCGAAAAUGUUAAGAAGUUAUUUCUCUCACAUGAAUGUAGUGGGAAUUCCUCAUCAGGAAAGUUGAACAAAGAAUGUAAAGUGUGCAAAGAAAAAAUGAAGAUGUUAUUUUAUGUAACCAUUUAUGAGAAUUUGAAUUAUUUGUCCGUUCUGGACAACCCUAAUGUGAUGGCCUUCAAGGAGAGGCAUCUUCUAACGCAUCUUCUUAUGAACAAAAGGGAGAAAAGAAAAACAGUCAAUGUGAAUUAUGAUAUUUGUUUUCAUGCAGAUAAACACAUUUACAUUUUGUCGAAAAAUGACAUUUUUUGUGAUGUGCUGCAUGAGAAUUAUUUGAAGAACAGCUUUAACGAUUUAUUGCAGAGGAUUAAGGAUGGGAGUAAGGGGUACAAUUUACUGUAUGUCAUUUUUAACAAAUAUAAGCAUAAAAAUUAUUUAAAUUUAAAAAAGAUUAAAAAAUAUUUUGACGAACGUAAUAGCAAUACUUCAAGUCGGACGAGCAACAUCAGUGCGAACAGUAUGACUUACAAAGGGGACUGCCUUUCCCUGAGGGAUUCUUUCUAUGAUAUAUUAAAAAGUAACAUCAUUAAGGAUGAAAACAAUUCGAGCAUUUUUUUCGAUAAGCUUUUUCACUCCUUCUAUAAUGUGCUGUACUCACGUACGUACAACGCGCCCAGUAGAGGCAAUUUCCGGUCGUCCAGGAAAAAAGAGAUAGAACUGCUCAACGUGGAUGAACACAAAUCAGACUCUGAUGACUUCAUGCUGAUCGAUUCGGCCAGCGGAUUUGUUAAAGAGCCCACUUAUAAAACAGGCACGAAUUUCAUGAUGCAAGUUAAACACAAAAAAGUGCACAAAAGCUCCAUCAAGGAGCUUCAGCAAAAGUACCUCAAUGUAAAACAGAUGAAUGAUAUUGAUGAUCGCUAUAUAGAAGAUGGCGCUUGGCAAAACAACACCCUACCCAGUUACCACUACAUGGGGUGCGUCGGCAAGAAGGAGGGGUUUUGUCAAGACAAGUACUCACCAGAGGAAGACGAAGAGUGCAGUGGUUUGGGAGCAUUCGAAAGGUACAUAAACAAAAUAAACGAAGAAGUGGCCAUCGUCGUGAAUAGCGAUGACAGUGAUGAAGAUGUGCUGUGUUGCCACGGAAAGGAAAAACUGUUAAUGAACUAUUUGAAGGGGAAAACGCAUAGAAACGGAAGUGAAAUUGGAAACAGGAAUGAAAAUAUAACACUGGAAAGGAGUAGAGUAGAGAAUAUAAGGAAGAACAUAAUUGUGCAUCCUCUGAUUAACUCCAAGUGUAUAGGGUUUAAAAUAAAUGUUAACGACAUUGCAAAUAGGAAUCUAGAUGUAUAUUGCAUUAACAAUGAGGAGUAUGUAAAGGCAUACAAAAAUACAAUCAGUUAUUUGAAGAACCAGAUAACUCCAGAGAUGAAGAAAAACUACACAGAUUUUCAAAACCUUAAGAGUAAGAUUAAGAAGAAAGAGAUGAGGAUACACGCUUUCAAUGAUAUGUUAAGGAACAAAAGUUUGGGACAGAAUCAAGCGUGCUACAUAAAUAGCGGUCAAACCGACAGCACUGGGGCGAAGAAGAACAACACGGUUACCGAAUACAUGGUUGUCAUUGAAGAAAACGUACAGGAGGAGAAAUACAAAAUUGAUAUUUACAACUACGCAGAGUUAACUGCCUAUAUUGUAAACUCGAAGGAGGAGAAAAAGAGAGAAUUCUAUUGGAACUUCAUCAGAAACGAAAUAUAUUCCCACAAAUGGAUGAACAAAUUGCAGUUCAAAAUUCAAAACUAUAGCAAUAUGUACGUUAAUAGUUUUUUUAAAAAAAAUCAUCUGAAGUCAAUCAAGGAGUACCUCUACGGACUAAUAAUAAAUCUGUAUUAUCAGAAUAUCUAUGAUGUGUCUCUGAACAUCCAGCUAAGUAAACACUAUGGGCAUUACGACCCAACCAAGGAGUAUGUGUUGAAAAAUAUACACCAGAACUUGAAUGAGCUGUACGAAAAUGUGAUGAAGUGUAUCCAAAGCGAUAUUUUAAGUAGCACGUGUUUUAUGGACACGAGCAGAAUUACAGGGGAACAAAUAAAAUGCAGAAUUAAUGACUACUUGAUGAAUUAUCGCUGGUUGGAAUGCCAGCCGGAUGACGAAGCGAAGGAAUCGUUCCAAGGAGAAAGAAAAAAAAAUAUAGACGAUAUGAUUUGCAAAUAUAGAACGGUGUUGCUAUACUAUUUGCUCUACAUUUAUCCAAAAUUCUUAUACAUACUAAAUAUUAUUCAAGUUAAGAAUUUCAAGGAACAGAUUAAAAGUACCUUGCCUGAGAAGGAUGAUCAACAUGUUCAGGAGGCACAGAAAGAUUUUACUUCCCAAAAGAAAAUGCUGAAAAAGGCGAAGAAUAACCAUGUCGAUGUGGUUAAGGAAGAAGGGAAUGAAAAUGUACUCGAUUUUUAUCUCCCUCCUUAUGUGAAAAAUGGAAAAAAUAUUCUAAGUUCAUUUGAUUUGUCAAAUAUUUUACUAGCCAGCUUUAACGACAAUUUUGAAAGGACCCUCUUCCAGAAUGUAUUGAGCGGGGUGACCAAAAUGGACAGCGUGAAAGAUGAAAUGCAUCCUACUUGCUUAAAAACCAUGGAGCAUUUUAUAAAAAAUGAGUCCUACUCCAUUAAAAAAAAAUUAAGCAGUUCGCAGUUGGCUAUGGUUUUUGCCGUCCUGAAUGCCUACCUGUGUUUUGCCACAGCACACCAUUCGCUCUUCUUCAAUGCAAACAAUUUGGGCAAAUUUCUCCUUCACAAAAAAAGCAAAUUAGAAUUCGAACGAUACACCAAGUUUACCGCCCAGGGGAAAAGCUAUUUCCCCUCAGACUUUCGACACCGAUUUUUGGAGACUUUCCUGCUAAAGAAGGACCAGAAUUUUAUCGUGUCGGACAAACUCAAGUGCAAGCUGAUGAUUUACAUCCUGCUCAUCCAGCUCUGUCUUAUGGACAACUUCUUGCCCGUGCAGCUCACGCUCAUUAAUAGGAACACCGCCGCUCUGCUCACCCGGCUCAACUUCUCUAUCGUCGAUAAGUCGCUGGUGACGUUCAACUUGAACGCGUAG